GGGAGGGCCUUCAGGCCCCUCUAAGACCCAGCGAGGGCCUCAAGAAGGUCCCAGCGAGCUCCCAAGAGUUCGUAGGAAUUUUGGCCCAAACUGCCGGAUCCCCAGCCGCUCUCGCGAAGUUCGCCCAUCCAGCGACAGCAAUGCGCGCCGUCGCCGUGGUCGUCUGCUUCGCCGUCGCCUUGGCAGCGGACCCUUCGGGCCUGGAGGUGGUCUCCGACAGCAGCGCCGUGGUGCCCCUGACCACUCUGCGUGGCGCUGCAGCGGCGACAGAGAGCACCGUCGGGGGCACCGGCGAUACCGUCGCAGCUGAGAGCAUCGCGGAUUCGCGUGUCGCUGGGGAUGCUGUUGCGACCGACGAGGCGGCGGAGGGCGCCGUGGCCAUCGAGGCCAGCGACGCCGCGUGCGCUAGCGCGGAGCUGGUCCUGCAGAAGCUCGUGGAGAGUAAGUGCGGCGUCUCUGAGGUCUCCUGCGUGUACAAGAUGGAGGGGGACUGCGAUGACUGGUGCAGCCCCAGCACCCAGUGCGGCUACAUCCAGGACAACGCGCUCGUGAAGUUCCAUGACUUUGACUGCUCUAUCAAGGCCACCUCGGGAAUGAAGGUGGACGGCACCAUCAAGUGCAAGCCUUCCUUCACGACCCUAGGCGUCCUGGCCAUCCUGGCGGCGGCGGUCCUCGCGCUCGCGUGCUGCGGAGGAUGCACUUGGUUCUGCUGCUGCCGCAGCCGCCGCUGAGAGGCCACCUCCGCCGCGUGAUCCCACCUCCGCCACGUGAUCCCCGGGGCCCGGCCCCACCCGCCCGGCCGCGUGCCAUCGCAUGGGCCCAUCGCCCGCGAGGCCCCAGCGUGCACAGGACGGAGCGGAGGGGUGCGGAGGAGGCGGGAGGGCGAGGGGGCAUCCCGCAGCAGCACAUUCUGCGCUCGCCGCGCGAGGGCCGGCGGGCGCUCUGCACUUGACCUGCGCUGGGGGCGGGCGCGGCGCUCUCUCUCUCUCUCUCCUCCGUCCUCCGUCCUCCCCGCUCCCCCCCCGCCUCGUCCUCCUCCUCUGCCGCCUGCGCGGUCACUGUCUGUAGGUCAUUUUGUCCACAGGUCAUCUGGCGUCCAGGCGUUCUGAGUCCCGAAGUCCGCACCCACGCACAGACAGUGUGGGCAGCACAGCAGCUCUGCGCAGCGCGCUCGUGCCCCCGUUGCGAGGGACUUCUGGCUGUCGGCGUUGAGUCAAGUAGCUCCCACGACUGUCCGAGAAUGGCUGGGAGAGAGAAGGCA